AUGAAACGUAUUAACUGUUCAACUGAUACAUCAUUAGACGACAAUGCAAGUGACAAUGUUUCUAAACGCAAAUGUAUAGAACACAACACGAACAAUAGAAACUCAGCGAUUAUUGCAGUAAAUAAUGAUGAAUCCCAUUUAACAACAUCGAAUUUUACCGAUCCUGAAUUACCUCUGGAAGAUAAUUGGAUAAUUAAUAUCGAUAAUGAUAACAUUCUUCAUAGAUCCACGAGUGUUAAUGAUAACACAAAUGAUAUAAUAGCUCUUGAAUCGUUUGUGAAUGAACAAUUCGAACAACGAAUGGCUUUUUUCAAAAAUAAUCCAAAUAUAUUGUCAACAACAAAGUCGGACAAUCAAAUGAAUAACGAUUCGAAUUUGUUUACUACAGGUGCUUUCUUGGAUUUGGAAACAAAAAUUUAUGGUGAGAACUGGACGAUUCCAUUGAAACGUGAAGAAUCAUUAAGUGCAUGUCUUUUAUCUGCUACUAACCUUGCUCUUCUUGGUAUUGCUGAUGAAGAUGAAUGUUGCAAAAAAUUCAUGGAAGUUCUUAUUCCCGAAGCUUUUAGAAAAUUACAUUGUUCACAUCAUAUUAAUAAUUGGUCACAUGAAGUACAACUCAGCAUAUAUGAAAUAACAAUAUUACUAAUCGACUUAAUUGCUGCUCGACUUUCAUAUACACCUGUGCCUAUUCAAUUACUUUCAACAUUGGCUAUACUCUUCGAUUCAAAUUCUGUUUUUCAUCAGAAGCAUAAAAAUCAAUCGUUUCAAUAUUGUUUCUCUAAUGAAGAAUUAGAUGAUCGUUUACUAUCGUGUCCUUCAUUUUUGUUGAUCACGUCGAGUGAUACACACGGUUGGCUCUGUCAAAUUAUUAAUCGAUUCGUGGAACAAAAAGGAAUUCAGAAUUUGGCAGAACAAUUUGAAAAUUAUCAAUCAUUCACUGCCUUGGAAUACAAUGCUCUACUAGCUCCAUUUGUUAAUUGUAUAAAUUAUAUUAUGAAAGGAAAGUAUCGAAUGUUAUUCGGCAAAGAUAUUGAUCAAAUAUUUAAUUAUAUCGAAAAUUUAAAAGAACAAGAUUUUCAUAUUGAAUCGAUAAACAACACAUUCGAAUUGUUGUCCACUUUACAAAAACUUUGCUCAGUCGUAUGGCCACAUUGUCUUAAACGUAUUGAAUACUUGCAUCUAAAUCUCAUUUUACAAAUGAUUACUCAAACAAAUUUCAAUGCUAAAAUGAAUUCAAUGAUACAACUCGCUAAACUUUUUGAAAAUAAUACAUUAAUCCCACAUGAUGUACUCACCGCAUAUAUAACGGAAAAUUCAAUUCUAUGGAAAGCACUUGAAGGAAAUAUCGCUCAAAUAGAAUAUAUGAAAAAAGUGUGUGUACUAAUAGGUUUUGCUGCACCACACUUUUUGAAAGAGGACUUUGAAAAGUUAUGGAAAAUGCAGCAUGGUCAAUUAUCCUUCAUAUUUGCUGAAAUAGUCAAAUUCAAUUCAGAACAGCUGAAUCAUUUAAUUGAUUGUAUCGAUGAAUCGUGGAAAACACGAACGAUGCCUAUGCAUAUGGAGUCUAUCGUAUUGUUAGGUGAAAUUGGUCUUAAAUGUGAAAAACAAUCGACUGCUCGGAUUUUACAAGUUUUAUGGGACGCGACACUUACUAACGGUUUAAGUCCAUCGAUGCUCGACUGUUUCCUUCGUAGUCACUAUCAAAUUCUUAGCGAAGAUCGUUCGGAAUACGACGAAUUCGGACGUGAUUAUAGUGCCAAAUGCAUAGAACUUGUUCAGCGAAAAGAAGUUUGGCACGCACGCUCGGUCAAAUAUCUCAACGAAAUAUUGCGUCUUGAUCCUACAAAUAAUAAAAAUUUUAUUGAAAUCUUAGUUAACAAAUAUAAUGUCAUCAAUGUUCUAAUUGAAAAUCUUUCAAAUAUUCAACAAGAUAUGUGGAACAAGACGGAAGGUAGUGUAAUGCCCGACACAUUAGUUGAUGGACAUCUCACAUUCCAAGAAUCGACGAAAAAUCAUCUUGAAAUACUUUCAUCUGUGUUAAAAAGAGGCAAUUCUUCUUUCUUACACAAACAUACCGAAGAACUUUGGGAUAUUUUGAUAACUAAUGAACGAGCCAGCACGUGCGAUCGUGAAUUCGGUUUUAGCUGGUUCGUAGAUUGUGUAGAGAAUUUUAAUCGUCAAACUCAAAUUACUCUCUUUAACGAACGUAUCUCGAAGCUCAGUCCAAUUUAUUAUUGUCCUAAAGGUAAUGCUUGCUACAAACUUUAUUCCGAAAGAUGCAAUGAAUUACGAAAUUUAGUUUUGAAUUCGAGUACCUCAUCGAUGAAACCGAUUAUUAACAGAGAUUUGAAUGCUUUAGUUCACAUUUAUCAAGGUGAUUUAAUAGUCGAACAAAGCGAUGUUGUCGUUGUGUGUUCGUUGUCAACGACUUUGCAUGAAAGUGUUUUGAAAAUCGGUGGAGAUUUGAUGAAGUACUCAUUUGAAACUGAAUACAAAAAUAAUCCAACCGCCCCUAUCAUUUCUAUUGCAGCUAGUGGUCAGCUAGCAGCGAAAACAGUUUACUUUCUUCCAUGGAAACCCAAUAUAGAUAACAUUAAAUGUUGUGAAUCAAUUAGAAAAUUUGUCUCAAAUGCAAUGGAAAAAGCAGCAACCGAAAACUAUAAAAGUAUUGCAUUUCCCGCUGUCGGUUGCGGUCAAUACGGAUGUUCAAUCAGUUUUGUGGCUUGGACACUUGUUGAUGAAGUUUUUCGUCAACUAGUAAAGUAUCCUCUGUCUGUUUCCUUUGUGAUACUACCAAAUAGAACAGACAUUUACAACGAGUUCCAAGCACAAAUUAACCUAAUUCAAGAGACCUCAGAAAUAAAAUCUUUAUCAGUAGCCAUUGGAAAAGGAACGGUUGAAGUUGAAAUAGGUGACAUAACAACGCAAAAAGUUGAUGUUAUCAUUGGAAACUCAUCGUCAGAUAUUUUAAAGAAAGAAAUAAUGAAUGCAGCUGGUAACGAUGUUAAAAUAGCGUAUGCAAAAGAAUAUGAAAAUAAUCAAAAAUCACUCAUACUCUCAAUUCCAUCUGGUAAGCUACCAUGUAAACAGAUAUUUUUUAUCAAAUGGGAUCCAGAUAGAAAUGAAGAUGUUCUUCAACAAUCAAUCGUUGAUUUUAUAUGGAAUAUUAUUCAGAAUGUUAUUUUAUAUAAAUUUACUUCAGUUGCAUUUCCAGCUAUUGGAUGUGGACAGUACCGCUGUCCUACAAAUAUUGUAGUUAAGACGAUGGUUAAAGAAAUUAAACAUCAACUUGCAAUGAGAAGUAUACCAUUAACAGUGAAGUUUGUUAUUCAAUCUAAACAACAAACUAUUUUUAAUCAGUUUUGUAAUCAAAUCUUGUCAUCCCGAGAAGAAUUUGGAACGUCAAUCGAUUAUCAACUACCUUCAACAUGGGAGCAAUCAACGGGAAAUAAAUUACGUUUUGUCGUACCAAGCAAUAGUGCUGAAUAUAAAUCGAUUAUCGCUGAUUUCGAUCAGACAAUGAAUAGAAAAUAUACUGCAAUAAUACAACUCGAACGAAUUCAAAAUGAACGAUGGUAUGCACAAUAUGUAGCACAUAGUAAAGAAUUUCGACAACGGCUUAAUACAGAUACUGAAAAAUGUCUGUACCAUGGUUGUUCUCAACAGGUAGCAGACUCGAUUAUUAAAAACUGUUUUAAUCGAAGUUUUGCUGGAAAACAUGGUACAGUAUAUGGUGUGGGUGUUUAUUUUUCAUCGUAUGCUGAUUAUAGCCAUAGUUUUACUGAUCCAGAUUCGAAUGCAGAACGAUGUAUGUUCAUGGCUCGUGUGCUCAUUGGAAAUACAACUCAAGGAAAUAGUUUAAUAAGGAGUCCACCCGAUGGUUUCGACUCGACAACUAACGGAAGACAUAUUUUUGUGAUCUAUCAUGAUGCACAAGCUUUUGCCGAAUAUUUAAUCACCUACAAAUAG